UCUAGUCUUCCUUUGAACUGACAGCAGUACCAGUAGUAAUGGACCUCACAGAAGUAGGGGUGAGAUGUGUUGAGACACUCGAACGCUUUUUCAUAUUGUCCGCUGACGUCAUGCAGUAAUCAAGGCACGUAUGGUGUCCGUAGCCCAGGUACGUCUCGUGGUCCUCGGUCGAGUGUUGUCCUGCGGGGAAGCGGUGGGAAUCGCCGCGGUGACGUUGGCUUCAAUCGCCUUGUGCUUCACCUUCUUGCCUCCAGUGGCGGGGCAGAGAACGCGCAGGGGGUCCAGGUAUAUGAGAAGCAGCAAUAGGCGCCGUAUCCCCAUGGUGUGGUUAACUUGUCAGUUUGAGAGUUGCCACAUGUGGUGUGGCAAUUAGAUCAGGAUCAGCUAACGGAACAAUUAGAUCUCAACCGAAAGUGGUGCUAGCCGCCUCCUCCACUCAAGGCGCGGAGGUGGUGUGGGGCUGUGUUUCUGUUCACUCGAAGGGGUGUGUGUUUUAUUCCGACACCUCACAUCAUCAGAGAGAAAGAAGACAAAAGGAGAGGUUUUUGGUUGAAACGGGAGAUGUUUCUGUCGUAUCAUUCAUAAAACCAGUUUACCAGGCCUACACCUUCGCGCGCUCUAUUGGCAUCCUAUUUCGAGUCCGUGCGCGGUGGUGAACAGCGAUCCACCUCGCGGUCAGUUUGUGACAGAGAUGGGAGAGGUGUGCCAUUUCUUUACCAGGCUGUGACACUGACACAGCGGCCAGGAUGGAUCCAAACACCCGGAAAAUGAUGCUUCUGAUCGGCCUCAACUGCCUCUGGCUCCAAGUGCUUUCAGAGGUGAUAGCUGAUGAUAGUUAUUUAAACGAGGUGCAAAACGCAGCCCCUCUCUCCUGUUCGGAGGGUUUUACAGAGCUGGGUUUCUAUAAUGGCUCUGUGUCUCAGACGGACUCUGGCGCCCCCUGCCUGCGGUGGGCAGAGUUUCCAGACUACGUGCUGCAGUACCCUGGCCGAGGCCUUGGGGAGCACAGCUACUGCCGUAACCCUGACAGAGAGUCCAACCCCUGGUGCUUCUUCAGACAGACCUCUGGGGCCAUCGGCUGGGCCUACUGCGACUGCCACCAGGGUGCAGCUCGGCUGGUGGGCGGGACAUUGUCAAGAAGUGGACGUGUGGAGGUGUACCUGAAUGGCCAGUGGGGGGCGGUGUGUGACUCUCAUUGGACAGACAGAGAUGCCAGUGUGAUCUGCAGACAGCUGGGGUUGGGUGAGAUCGGCACUGCUUUGCAGCAGUCCAGGUUCGGCUCGGGCUCCGGCCUCUUCCAUUACGAGCGGCUGAGUUGCCGUGGUGAUGAGAGCUCCGUCAGCCAAUGCCAGAGCAGGACAUUUGUUACCGGGGACUGUAGCCAUGGAAACGAGGCAGGAGUUGUGUGUGCUCCACCAGAAGGCAGUGGUCUUCCUCUACGAUUGGUUGGAGGAGAAGAAUACUUUGAGGGGCGCGUGGAGGUGUUCCACAGUGGUAGGUGGGGCUCUGUCUGCGAUGACCAAUGGGACGACAGAGAUGCAGAGGUGGUCUGUCGACAGCUGGGCUUUGGGGGUGUGGCGAAGGCCUGGUCGUGGGCUCACUUCGGACAGAGCUCAGGUCCCAUCCUAUUGGACGCCGUGAGGUGUACAGGAAAUGAAGUCUUCCUGGACCAGUGUCUUCAUGGAGACUGGGAACAACACAACUGUGACCAUAUGGAAGACGCUGGGGUAUCCUGCAGCCCCUACACAGACGGUGUGGUGCGGUUGGUAGGAGGAGACAGUCCUUGGGAGGGUCGUGUUGAACUGUUCCACUCUGGGGACUGGGGUACGGUGUGUGACGACCACUGGACUCAACAACACACACAGGUGGUCUGUCGACAGCUCGGAUACAGAGGGCAUGCUGAGGUGGUGACUGACAGAACAUUCGGCGGGGGUUCUGGUAUCAUCCUGUUGGACGAUGUGCGUUGUGAGGGGACGGAGUCGUCCCUGCUGGACUGUCGCCAUGGCACCUGGGGCCGUAGCGACUGUUCCCAUGGAGAGGACGUGGGCGUGCGAUGCAGGGCCGGACCUAAAGAGGAAGAGACCAAUGAGGUGCCGGCUGUUGCACCUGCCACAGGUCCUCUGUUGCGUCUGUUUGGGGGUGGUAGCCAUAACGAAGGUCGUGUGGAAGUCUAUCUCCAUGGAGACUGGGGGAGUAUCUGUGACUCAGGCUGGAACGAUCUAAACGCUGCCGUGGUCUGCAGACAGCUGGGCCACAGUGGUCAUGCGGUAGCAGCAGGUGGGUUCGGUCGGGGGAAGGGUCCUGUCCACCUGGACCAGGUGAGGUGUACCGGGAAGGAGGACUUCCUGGGGGAGUGUCCGUCUCUGGGCCGGGCCCGUGACGGCUGCAGAUGGAGACAGGAUGCAGGGGUGAGCUGUAACCACGCCCCCCGGGCAACAGAGGGCCAGGCCAGGCCAAGUGAGCUCACCUGUGGAGUGAGGAAGAUUGUGGAGGAAGGGAACGAGAGGAAGAGUGGAGGAGAAGGGGAGAAUGUACUCAGGACAUUGUGGCCAUGGCAGGUGUCAGUGUGGUUGGGUUCUGAGGGGAAAGAUGGCCAUCCUAUCUGUAGUGGUACUCUGAUCUCUCCCUGCUGGGCCCUGGCCUCCGCUCACUGCUUCACCAGGUUUGGUAUUGGCCCGUCUCAGUAUGUGGUGCGCUUUGGGGGUUCUGACAGAAUUCUGAUCCCGGAGCGAGUGGUGGUCCAUAGAAAGUUCAGAGCAGAUCAGGGACCUGGGGGUCAUGACCUGGCCCUGCUGAGGCUGCCCAGCCCCAAGGAUCACUGUUUGACCUUUGACCCCCACACCAACGCCGCCUGCCUCCCCACACCGGAUGCUGCGGGGGGGAAGACCCCCUUGUCCUGCAUUGCCGCGGUUACCGCUGGCUGGGACGGCCCAGACGCCGUGCUCCAGUCCUGGGUACCCCUCCUGACGUCAUGGCAGUGUAAGAAGCGUUAUGGCGAUGGUUUCUCCUCCCACGGCACACUGUGCGCCGGCAGCCCCCCUGACACACGCCGUCUCCAUGGGAACAACGGUUGCCAGGGCAACUGGGGCGGUGGGCUGGUAUGCCAGGGGGAGGGAGGGCGAUGGGUGUUGACUGGGAUCGUCUCCGGGGGUUACGGCUGCAGCGACCCCUCAACCCCGGCGCUCUACACACGGGUCAGCCGGUUCCGGGGCUGGAUCGAGGAAGUCACACAUACACACAGGAGCGGGACAUACACACACACACAAUCAUGACCAGUUGAAACAAACACACUGACGGUCAAUCCAUACACACACACAACCAGCACAACAAUAUACACACACACACACACACACACACAAUCACAAUGAACACAAACACAAUCAGCAUACAGACACUCACAAUAAACACACACACACUCUUGUCUGAUCCAGGACACGCCAUUGGCUCACCGGCUGUGUCAUGUGACUGUCAGAGGAAGAGGAGGAAGGAUAGAUGAUGAUGGAGGAAGAGGAGGACAUGUUGGAAAAGGAGGGAGAGCAAGAGGAAAGAUACAGGAGAAGAAGAACGAGAAGAGAUCCACCUCUGCCCCCCUGACCAUGUAGACUUGUGUGUGUGUGCAUGUGUAUUACACUAGCUAUGGGGUGUGUGCAUUCAUGUAUGUGUGUCAUCUGUGUGUGUAUCAUAUGUGUGUCUGGGAGGGGAGGUGCUGUAGUGAUAAUGUGUAGCUAGACGACAUGCUUUUAGGUAGUCAUUUCUCUGACAGUGGGGUUGAGUUUCUUGUGAUGCCCUAUUUGAAUGUGAAGUCUGUCCAGAAUGAUCUGUUAUUCCUUAGUGGUAAAAAAAAAUCAUAUAUAAGCUGUUGUUCAAAAGCUGUUCUCGAAUAUAUAUUAUCACGUUCGUAUUGCUGAAGAUGCUAUCUACCUUGGAUGGGACUGUCGCUUCUUUCAAAUGCCAACUGGAGAAGCUCUUCUCUCUCAUUUCAAAUAAACUGGACUUUCUUGGGGGGCUCAAAACUGGACUCUUUAUUUGGCGGCAGUUAGCCUUGAGGUUUAGGCCAGUAACCUGAGGGUUGUUGGUGUCAGUUCCCAGCUACCAUCUGCCGUUGUGCCCUACAGUAAGACUCUACUGCUCCAGGGACUCUGCACUGUGGCAUACACUGUGCCUCUCAACGGCAUUGCGACAUCACAAAAAACAAAAGGAUAUUCUAUGCUACUCUAUUUUUCUCUCUCCUGUCAAAGCCAUGGAAAGCCAGGGGGUGGAUCAUAUUCAUCUUUUUCUACUGAUCUCCCCGAAUGGCUCUAGUUGUUAAUGUUGUGUGUAAAUACUUCUGAUUGUUUAUGUGUUAAUGUCUGAUUUCGAUGUCCAAACAGUUAGACUUCCUGUAGUUGAAUAUUCCUCUCGUUUUUCUAUGACCUCAGUAGUAGACGGUGUUGUCAUAUUCAGAGGCAUCAGUUAUCAUAUGCUUGAGGGAGAAGUUGCCCCUAACCCGAGAUCUAGGAUCAGAUUAGCCAACUCCAGAUGACAUGGCAUCAAACAUAUGGAAAACAUAUGUUUAAUGUAUUUGAUACCAUUCCACUGAUUCCUCUCUAGCCAUUAGCACGAGCCCAUCCUCCCAAUUAAGGUGACACCAACCUCCUGUGGGGAGGAUGCAAAAAGAUCUGACCCAGGACCAGUGGUUAGGUGAAACUUCUACCAGCUCAUACAGUAUGGCCCUGAUGAUCUUUUUUUUGUUUCUAACUGGCUCAAUCAGGUGUGGAAACAUCUUGUAUUCCAUAACUGUUUCUCUCAAACAGGAAAUGCUCCUAUUCCCUUCUUUUUUGUUGUUGUUUAUCCUCGAGACUCCCGGUCUAUCCAGUAACAUGUGGUCUGUCAUGUAUAAUCAUUACAUUAACCUCCUCCUUGUGACUUCAUGUUUGAGUAAAACGGUUCAGUCAUACUAAGGCCUCUAUUCAGUCCGUAUCGCGGAAGUUCAGCGUGACAGCGUGAUUGACAUUUAAAGGCAAUGUUCCCACGUUAGUGGAGACGGCGUUCGCGAUAAACGCCGCAUGUCGUCUCAAUGGGAAAUGACCUUUACAUUUCUACCGUAAGUCUUCAGCGAUACAGAUUGACUAGAGUCCUAAAUCAAUGUAAAUAUUUCCAUAGCUGGACACAUUCCACCAAACCCACAUUGCAUACUGUACCCAGUGUGUGUUUGCUCAGAGGAAGCAGUAGUUUGCAAACACAGACACCGCAUAAACAAUGCUUCUGUGGGUUUGAUUGAAUUCGAGACAGAGUUCACCGUGUCUCUGUUUGAAGCUGUGAAGAGUCUUGACUCAGUAGAAAUGUAAAACCGUCUUACAGACAUCUGUGUGUUCCUCAGACUGGUCUGUCCUGAAACACGGUGAACUAUUGAAGAGUAUUGUGAUGGUCUCUAUUGUCUGGUCUUUAUAACAUCAAAAUAAAUGUCUUUUUUUGUCUGUUCUUUA